AUGCAUGGGGAUAUUACACAUCCUUAUCGACAUUUUCCAUCGUAUCCUUUGCCUAUUGAACAUUAUCGUCGUGUUUAUUCUGAAUGGAUUUUGUAUCAUUUAAAUUUAAAAUCAAAAUUUCAAUUGACAAACACACAGAAUGAUUUACAAAAGAAAAAUCAAGAGGAAACUAUUUCAUUUUGUUUCAAUCAAACAUGUUCGAAUAUUCAAUUAGAAAAUUAUACAGGCGAAUGGAUCAUAGUUUUAAAUCGUUAUGAUACGAAUAUUCGUCGAACAAAUAAUGGAAAACAAUUAGUUAAAGCAUUGUUGAACUUUUUUUCUGAUCAUUCAAAUCCAUAUUUACGCAUUUGGCCAAAAGAAUUUGAUUUCAAUGAUAAUUUCUAUGAAUCAGUUCGUAUGUCACGUUCAAUUCGUAUAUUAAUUGCUGUUCAUGGUGCUGGAUUAGCCAAUAUGAUUUUUAUGAGACCAGAAACGAUUCUUUUCGAAAUUAAUCAUAUGGUUGUCGACAUUUAUCAUUUUAUUAUCGUCGAUGGGCAGAAAUUUUUCAUCUUCAACAUGCUUUAUGGAUUUCAUCGGCAAGUGAACGUGGUUUCCAAGAUAAUUCAUGUUGACGAGAUAGAACAAUUACUGUCAAUAUCAAAGAAAGCAUUGAGGAAAUCAAAAAUUUAUUAA